GUUUAGUUCUGUUUCUCUSAUGUUGAUAAGRCAUACGUAUUGCAUUGAGUUGGUUGGUCCUAAAAGAAGAACUACUGCAGGUAUGGCAAGUASUCUUGUAUGGAAGGUUGGCGGAGCGUUUCUUGUAUUUCUGGYCUGGCUAUUCUCACAUUGGAGACAUCUUGUGAUUGCUGGMAGCGUUUCGGCAUUUCUUUUUCUUCCUCUUUAUAGAAUCGUCCCCGAGUCACCUCGCUGGCUUGUCGCUAAUGGUAAACUGGACGAAGCGGAAGYUGUCCUCGUAAAAUUUGGAGCUAAGCGCAAGAAGCCUUUGGACACGUUGAAACUUAGCUCGACACUGGAAAARGUCMGAGAAGACCAACUAGCACGUAAAAAUCGACAAACGUAUCAUGUAAUUGAUAUGUUUAGAACACCACGAAUGAGAAAGUUUACAUUGGUUGUUUGUUUUAACUGGUUUGUUGUGUCCUUGGURUAUUUUGCUAUGUUUUUGUAUGUAACAAGGCUGUUUGGCAACGUSUAYUUGAACACAGGAAUCAUGCAACUUACUGAUCUACCAGCGCAAGUUCUAAUGUGGUUGUCUAUUGAGCGGACCAUGUCCCGCUUGAAGCAUUCCUUCCGCCAAUCAAAACUACGAACUUGACGUGUACCAAAUUACUCCAAAUUACUACAGACUACUCCGUUAAAACACGGAUUCGAGGAAGAAAUCACAAAGACGAGUGAGGUCGGAGUUUUAAUUGAUGUGAGCAAUCUAACAGCAACGACAAAGAAUGCUCAGCUUUAGAUGGUAAGAGCUGUAAUAUUUCGAAAAUGGCGCGAUCGACUCUCAAGAAAUUUGUGGUGAGCUGAAUCCUCAUACGCCAAAAUCCUAGUUAAAUGUGAAUCUUGUUUUUUUGUUUUCCGCUGCAGUAGUAAUGGCUACCGUGUAUAAUCGAAGUACUUCUUGAAAUGCGAGGAUGUGUUUAAUGUACGUGUUGGCAUUUGUGAUUUCAGUUUUGGGCGUCGCAUCACCUUUAUCACCAUCAUGUCCCUUUGUGGAGUAGUUCUUGUUGUAUUGCCAUUUGUCCAAGAAGAUUCCCCAAGARCCGGGACAGCGCUUUCAAUUGCAGGAAAGAGUUUGAUGGGCGCUCAGUUUGCCUUGG